AUGGCUGUUGAAGACGCACGUGCACUCGACACUGCAUGGAUCAUCGAACGAGCUGACGAAGUUCGUCGAACCGGGUCGACUAUCAUUCGAAACGUUCUUCCAGUUGACAAAAUUGAUGAACUCAAUCGAGUUUUUCAACCGCUUCUGGCGGAAACUGUGCGCAUCGAGGGUGCAGCAGGAAAUCGAGGACCAAGUCGUUACUAUGUUACUCCACCCUUUCGUCCACCAUGGACCGAUGUAUCAAUUAUUGACAAUGAUAUUAUCAUGGCGAUUGUUUCCGAACUUGUGGGUGCCGAUGGAGUAUUUUGUCAAUUAGCUACCGACACUCCAUGCCAAGGAUCCCAAUACCAGGAUUUGCACCGUGACACUCAGUCACUUUUUCCCGAAUGGGGACAAGAAACGCCACCUUUUCAACUGGCUGUUAAUUUUCCUCUUGUCGAUAGUAAUCCAGAAAAUGGACCGCUUGAAAUGACACUGUCAACACACCUGUUAACCAAAGAAGAAGCUCUUCGUCGCAUUGAAUCUGGCGAAAUACCUGUGCAACAAGUUUUGAUGAAGCGAGGCGAUGUGCUCAUUCGCGAUGUUCGACACAUACAUCGAGGAACACCCAAUCAAACCGAUCAACCGCGGCCUAUGGUCGUUCUUGGCUAUAGUCGAAAAUGGUUAUUUCGACCAGAAGUUGAAAUUCGUGUCGCCCGAGAAAUAUUGGAACAAUUACCGCUACGAACACGCAAGUGGUUACGAUUCAAUCCUGUGUUCAAUACCCUGGAAGAAGCGGAAAAGAAAGAAGAACUCUACCGUUCCUUUGCUUACUAA